UUUUCGAUCUGACAUUUAAUUUAAAGGUUAUAUAUUAGUUAAAUUAAAAGAUAGUUGUUGUCGGCAAUGAUAUACAUUUGUUUACUUAACGAAUUUCUACAAUAGAAUUAACAUAAGUGUCAUGAGUGAAAAAUGUCAGGAAGUGGAUACAGAAACCGAUACAAUAGUAAGCAAUUACGCAGCCAAGAAAACGAAAAGAAGAAUGUACCGCAUGGCGGACGACAGCUCCGCGGAGUGCCUCUUCGAGCGACUGCGGCUGUACCAGCAGCGGUCCCACGAUGCUACAGAAGUGGCCCGCAACAUCACCGCACGCAUCAACUCUCGUCUCACGUCUCACGACAAACAGGUUCGGCAAACAACACUGGAGAAGUUGUGGAACAAACAAUCUGGAGCCAUACCAGUACUCAUCUCUAUUUUAGAAAAUACAAGAGAUCCUGCAACAUCCACUUACAUAACGUCGAUUUUAAGAGAAACGCUGUGUUUGAAACAAGGAAAAGGAAAGAAGAAUAUAGCUGCUAAUGAAAAUCAAGGAACCAAGAAGAAAGAAACGAAAAAGAACGGAAAAGAAAAUAAAGCACCUUUAAACAAGAAGGCUAACAAUAUCGCAAGACAACAAUGUACACAACAUUUAAUCUCCAUCAACGGUACUCAAGUUAUACUCCGGACCUUGAUCAAUACUCAGUGCAAGCGAGAUAGUACUGUUGGUACUGAAUUAAUGGUUCAGGAUCUAAUAUGGAUUAUAGCUGCUGUAGCACCAAGAGAUCCCAAAUUCGCAGUAAAAGUGAGAAUGAUCGGUUGUGUUAGAACAACGCAUCUAAUAUUCAAAGGACAUUACACAGAUAAUAAGCUUAUAUUUCCGCUUUUGGUCAUUAUUAAACAACUGUCAAAAAAUCCAGUGACAACGUCAAUUCUGAUCCGAGACGGCAUCAUCACGACGUACGAGCGCGUGCUGGUGACGCUCGGCUACAUCCCUACCGCACGCCUGCGACUCUGUCUGGACGCCAUUGAUUAUUUCAGCAAAAAUAAGGUAUGCUGCAUGCAAAUUGUGAAGACUGGUCUUAGUGGUGUUCUACUCCGAGUGUUCGACCGAUGGGACCGCUACGAAGGACGGAUGAGACUCAAGAUUUGCGCACAUAUUUUGCAGACGCUACAGCAUCUUUGUAAUAUCAAAGCCGGUCGUCGAGCGCUAUGCACGAAGAAGCACGUGCAAGUUCUGCACAGGUUCUGCUCGCAGUGUCCCGAUGAGCCAGAGUUCGAUGGAUUGUUGGCUCGCGUCUGUUCCGUCAUUACGCUGUGUCUCAAACAUCAAGCCUUACCAGUGCCUACAGCAAGCCCUGCCUCUUUUAAUUUAAACCCUAUACUUAAAGGUACAAAUGCAUCAUGGCCAUGCCACGAAGAUGAUGAUGAGGGCGCAAAUUCUGACACGAAAACUGUAAAUUCUGACGCAGAUGAUGACGAACCUGACGCAGACCUCGAGGGUGUAGAAGACAUUCCAGACAUUGACAUCGACGAAUCUGAUUUAAAACCUGAAAAGAGUAUUGAUUUGGAAAAAACAAGCAUAAAAACCGGUGACAGUGCACAAAAUUCACUUUGGAUAAGUCCUAACGAGAGAGAUACAGAAGACUUAAAGAAAUACUACAUUUAUUUUAAAGAAUUUGGUUCAUAUAAUAGACAAUUAAAACUAGUAAGAAGUCGUACUAGCUCUAGAGGUUCUAUAUUAGAAGAAUUAAUAAAUACAUCAGGCGGCAGUAAAAACAUGCCAUCGUCUAUGAGUCUCUCGCUUUGCUCCAUGUUAAGUAACACUGACUACGAGCGUGUGUCGGAUGCUGGUCAUACUGCAUCAUUAUAUCUAUGUUGUACUAAAAUCCAAGAAACUAGUUCCUUGACGUCUUGUACGUCGUUGAAAAUUCAUAAAGAAGUAUCAAAGUACAGUAUAUUUCAAACAGUUUAUUCAAUAAUCGCAUCAAAAGUAAGGAGUGUUAUACCGUUUGUGAAAGUGGCGUAUCCGGACAUGUCUGGUGGACAAAGUCUCAAUCAUCCGGAACCUUUGAAUAAAAUGGAGAGAGCUGCCUGCAGGACUAAAUUAUUGUCUUGUGUGGAUAAAGCAAUCAAUCCAGAAUCAUACAUGAACGAAGUGGUAUACGAUUUAGAUCAACUAUGUGCUGCAGCAGCAGAAACCGCACCACAGAAAAGUACAGAUACUCUACUGACAAAUACAGAUGAGCAAGAAAUAUCAAAAGCAAAUACAUUUCCGGCGCGAUUGAGUUUCGAGUCGAGAUUUGAAUCUGGGAAUUUAAGAAAAGCUAUUCAGGUAGGUCCAAGAGAAUAUGAUCUAAUUCUGAUGCCAGACGUAAAUUCAAAUAAAAGGCAUCAAUGGUUUUAUUUCGAAGUACGCAACAUGCAGCAAGGAAGGCCGUAUAUAUUUAAUAUCGUGAAUUGUGAAAAAUCCGACAGCCAGUUCAAUUUCGGUAUGAAGCCAGUAUUGUAUUCUGUUAAAGAAGCGGUUGCAGGGAAACCAGGUUGGGUCCGUGCGGGCUCUGAGAUCUGUUACUACCGCAAUAGCUAUCACUACGCGAACCAGAAGAGCCACAACAAGUGCUACCUCACCGUCACAUUCAACAUAGAGUUCCCGCACACAAACGAUGUCUGCUACCUCGCCUACCACUUCCCGUUUACAUAUUCUAUGUUACUGACUCGUAUCUUCCAGUGGAGUUUGCAGCUGCCCAUUGGAGCAUAUCUGAGGGCGGAGCCACUUUGUUACUCACUCAACAAUAACGAGAUACCGCUAUUGACAAUCACGGCGGAUGACUGCACUGCCAACCCCAUCGCGGAUCGUGAGAUAAUAUUCCUGACGGCGCGCGUGCAUCCCGGCGAGAGCAACGCGUCUUGGGUGAUGGACGGCACGCUACGCUGCCUGCUGGCCGACACGCCGUCCGCCGCCGCGCUGCGUGCCAAGUACGUCUUUAAGAUCGUGCCCAUGCUCAACGUCGAGGGCGUUGUCAAUGGCUGCCAUCGAUGCGGCUUAACUAAUGAAGAUUUAAAUCGUCGCUGGUGCAAGCCGAGCCCCGUUUUACAUCCUUCAAUCUACCACACCAAGGGCCUUAUAGAAUAUCUGGUGCGAGUUUGGAAGAAACCGCCGCUGGUGUUUUGCGACUACCAUGGUCACUCGCGCAAGAAGAAUGUUUUCUUCUACGGGUGCGCUGGCGCCGAGAGCUGGUCGAACACCGACCGCCUCGCGCCCGACGAGCCCGUCAAAUACCUCAUGCUGCCAGCUCUGAUGCACCGCAUAUCAGGAGCGUUCGCACUUGGCUCGUGCUCCUUCCGAGUGGAGAGGGAGCGGGAGAGUACGGCGCGUGUCACCGUGUGGCGCCACCUCGCGGUCGCGCGCUCCUACACUAUGGAGGCCUCCUUCUGCGGCUUCGACCAGGGUCCUUAUAAGGGUCUGCACUUGAACACGCAGCACCUGCAGGGCGUGGGCGGCGAGCUGUGCGAGGCGCUGGGCGGCCUUAGCGACGGCGCCGCCAUCGACAUACAGUUCACGAAAGACCUUAACGGAGAAAGAGCCGUCGACAGCGAGCCGGGCUCCUGCUCGGACAGUGUGCUCAAGACGGAUUCAGAUGAAGACUUCGAUUAACUAAGUUAUAAGAUUUAUGGUAAAUAUGAUUUGUUAAUGCGAACGUAUCUAGAUAAAUUAACACGUUAUAUGAGAAAUGUAAACAACUUGCUGAACAAAUAUUAGGCCUAAUUUUUAAUGAAAUCUAAUCGUUUCGAAGGUUCCUUUUGAUCGGUGAAAUUGAUUUAUUAGUCGAUUUAAUUUGCAUUUUUUAUAGCAAGUUGCAGAAAUUAUAGCUCAUUGUUUACGAUCGAAAGAUACGUCCGUGCAAUAACUCAUGGUAAUAUAUCACUUUUUACAAUCGCAAAUUAGUCGUCGCGUAGUUAUUAAUGACUAAUGAACUGAUGCUCGUGUUCUUCUUUUUACUUAAUUUCUAUGAGUUUUUAUCUAACAUCGUUUGAGAAGUUAUAUUUUUAUAAGUGCGUAUUUCAUUAUGUGGUAAAGUUUUAUUUUUGCUGUCUGUAAAUUAUUUCUGUUUGUGAUCUCAGUAACAUUAAAGUUAUAUCUAAAUAAAAAGUGAUUUAUUUAUAAAAGGUAUUGAAAUAAAAGAUUACUGAU